UCCAUUAAUUGCAUUUGAACUCCACACCCCAUCUAUGAGAAAGACACGACCUUUCACUCUCCUAGUCCCCCAUUAAUCUCUGCAAAAUCAUUCCUGAGUUCUCUCUCACACUGAAACCCUACACUCCCAGGAGAUUUGCUUGAAGAAGGGAAAAGAAGGGUCCAAGGACUUUUAGCUGAUAUUCAUCAUCACCCCGUCGUUGCUUUCAUGUGUAGCCUUCUACUUUUUUCCACUUAUAGAUGCUGAAGAGGGAUUGAUCUUUUUGUAUUAAGAAAAUGGGAAUUGAGAAAGAAGGUUCUAAAAGUGGAGGAUACGUGGGUGGUUUUUUUCAGCUGUUUGAUUGGACUGCAAAAUCUAGGAAAAAGUUGUUUUCAAGCAGGUCGGAUUUACCAGAGCGUUCAAAACAAGGAAAGAGAAGUGAUGGGAGCUUGCCAAUGACUCGGCUUCAUCUGAUGGAUGAUGAUGAAAAUGGAGCAGGGUCGGGUAUUAGAGGGGGCAGUGAUUAUAGCUGUGCUUCAUCGGUAACUGAUGAUGAUGGAUAUGGAGCUAGGGCCCCUGGAGUAGUAGCCAGGCUCAUGGGAUUGGACUCCAUGCCAACAUCUAAUUUAUCAGAGCCCAAUUCUACACCUUUUUUUGACACUCAAUCUCUUCGAGAUGCUUCUCGUGGCAGGAGAAAUUUUGAUUACUACCAGGAUCAUCAAAUCGCAUACUCAGGAAAUCUGCUUGAUAAGGAGGAUGGCCCUCCUAGAAACUUUGAGGAGUCUAAGCCCCAUAAGGUCCUGAGCAGGCCUAUUGAAAAGUUUAAAACUGAAAUCCUGCCUCCUAAGUCAGCCAAAUCGAUUCCAAUUACCCACCAUAAACUUCUAUCUCCAAUCAAGAGUCCUGGUUUCAUUCCGAACAAAACUGCUGCUCACAUAAUGGAAGCAGCUGCAAAAAUUAUUGAGCCUGGUCCCCAAGCAGCAGCCAAACCCAAAAUGCCUGCUGUUGGGUCUUCUUCAGUACCACUGAAAGUUCGGGAUCUUAAAGAAAAACUGGAGGUUGCUCAGAAAAUGCCUCUGGCUGGGUCCUCUUCAGCAGCCUUGAGAACUCGAGAACCAAAAGAGAAAGUGGAAGUUUCUCAUAAAAAUUUAAGACUUGCAGAAACUUCUCGAAGACCAGUUGAGUCAAAUGCUGCCAAGCAUCUAAAGGGGCAGUCUUUGAACAAAAGCUGGAAUGGAUCAGAUGAUACAUCUUGCAGGGCUUUUUCUGAGACUGAAGAAGGUUCUUCUAGUUCAAAGACUAAGGGAAAGUCUAUCUCACUUGCAAUCCAAGCAAAGGUCAAUGUUCAGAGAAGAGAAGGUUUGAAUUCAAGUAGCAGUCAAGGCUUUGUAGGCCAGAAAGAACUGAGAGAGGUUUCAUCAAGCCAGUCCUUCAAGUGCCAACCUAAUGUCCAAAAGAGUUUGCAAAAAAGAUCUCCAAUACAGAAUACAUCUGGUGUGCUGAGGCAGAAUAACCAGAAACAAAAUUGCAUAAUGGAUAAAGACAAAUUGCCUUCAAAGCCCUUGGUUUCCAACCUGCAGGGUAAAAGAGUUCUGUCUGGGAAUCCUCCUGCGAGGCAGAAAACUUCUGGUAAGUCUUUUGGCUCCAAAAGUGGAUCCAGGAAGCUGGACUUGGAUUUGAGAGAAGGCGAGAAGGGGAAUUCUAACUAUAGUACGGUGAAUAAUCCCAGGAAGAAGCGAUCAAUUGAUGGAAAUUUGCAUGUUGAGAAAAACCAGGUUGUUGAUAACAAGCUGAUUGACAGAAAUCGGAAGGCUGUUGAACCUACUCCAGUUAAUGACAGGCACUUUAGUUGGGCAGAAGAAAGUAAAAGGAAAGGCAUGGAUGUUGUCUCGUUUACAUUCACAGCCCCCUUGACACGGUCUAUGCCUGGUUCAGAAACACCCACUCAGGCUGGACAGAAAAAUAGUGGUUCUUGUAUGGAUAAUUGUAGCAAGAGAUUGUUGCUUGAAACAGAUAGUAAGAAGCUAUCUUCAGUGGGAUAUAAUGUGAUAGGAGGGGAUGCUUUGAGUUCUCUUUUGGAACAAAAGUUAAGGGAAUUGACUAAAGGUGUCGAGUCUUCUAGUUCUAUAUCCACUUUUAGUUCAGGCGGCGCUGCACCAAGGUUACAUGAUAACAAGGAUCAAAGAGUCUCAUGCAUAGAUAAAUCAGAUAGCUGCUAUGAUUCUCCCUCUUCCUUAUUCUUCACUGAUCCUGCAGUUCCCAGAUUGAAACACAUUUUUCAGGGAGUUGAUGAGAUGGACUGUAGCAGCAAAUCAAAUGAUUCCAGACAGCUACUUGAUUGUAGACGUCCUAGUCCAGUCUCUGUUCUUGAACAUUCUUUUUCAACUGAAAGUAGCAGCUCUUUGGACAGUAUGGAUAGUUGCAGCACAGAAGGGAACAAGCAUUGUUCAUCCAUUCAAACCCAGGAAGUUCUUAGUUUGAGCUCUACGAAGAGGGUUCAUUUUGUAGAUGCUGAUAUGGAGUUAUCAGAUUCUGCUUCUUCAACAUCAACUGGAACAGUGGCUAGAAAACAUUCAAACAUGUUAGCUGUGACAGGCCUUGUGAGAUCAAAAAAGUGGGAAGUACAAUAUGUGGAGAAGAUACUAUGCAAUAUCGAAUCGAUGUUUCAGGACUUGGCAUUAGGUCGGGCUUCCAAGAUCAUAAACCCUCAUCUCUUCCAUCAUCUGGAAAGGAAAAAAAUUAUGCUUGAAAGUGAUGGUGUUGAUUCUAGGCUAGAGCGGAAAGUAUUAUUUGAUUGUGCAAGUGAAUGCUUGGAUCUGAGAUGCAGACGAUAUGUUGGUGGUGGAUACAAAGCAUGGGUGAAAGGGACAACAAUGGUAAGAAGAAAGGAAUGGCUAGCUGAAGAUAUGUACAAGGAGAUCUCUGAAUGGAGCAGGAUGGGGGAUUGUAUGGUGGAUGAACUUGUAGACAAGGACAUGAGCAGUCAGUAUGGAAGGUGGCUGGACUUUGAAGUUGAUGCAUAUGCGCUUGGAGUGGAGUUUGAAAGCGAAAUAUUUAAUUCAUUGGUUAAUGAAGUGGUUUCUGAUAUCUUGCGGUUUUGAUGCCAAUAGCAGCAGAUAAUAUUCAGUGCACAGAGAUUGGGGAAAUUGUAUGGUGGCUGUGCUUGUGGAGAACAAACACCUAGUGGUUGUGCUUCGUUAGAAUUGUACGAGGGAGAUCCCCAAGUGUGUUUUUCUUGGGAUUAAUUGUUUGCUUCAUUUAUUGGCUUGUGAAUCGAUGAGAGUGUUCAUAACUUGUAGAUCGAGGAUUGGAAGAGCCAGCUUAUGAAUGUUAUAUAAUACAUAAAAUGUGAACUCUGGUUCAACUGAGAUCAUCACUUGAGCUCCAUCUUAUAAAACCAAUUCUCUUAUGAAUGUUAUAUAAUACAUAAAAUGUGAACUCUGGUUCAACUGAGAUCAUCACUUGAGCUCCAUCUUAUAAAACCAAUUCUCUUAUUCCACU